AUGAUAAGCUAUCAAUUGGCUUACGAUACAAUUCAACAAUACGUGGAAAAGUACGUGUUAACACCCACUGGACUUGAUGCACCCACUGCAAAAAAACUCUCUGUGCAAUUGGGUGUAUCUACCGUCAUUGUCUAUUAUUUUUACAAACUGAUCCUCUAUCGACUUUAUUUUCACCCCGCUAACCGAAUUCCCGGACCCAAGGUGAGUUGGAUUCCAUUUAUGGGAAAUUUUUUUGAGGUUGUCAAAGAAGGUGCUGGUAUUCCUCACAAACGCUGGACAAAGCAAUAUGGUGGAAUUGUUACUUACCAUGGUGAAUGGAACAGACCACGCAUCGUCGUCACGGAUCCUAUCUUAUUAAAACAAGUUUUAACUACCAAUGAAUAUGAUUAUGUCAAACCACCCAGGACUUCGGCAUUCUUGCGUCGUGUGUUGGGCAAUGGUGUACUGUUGGCAGAGGGAGAAACACAUCGUCAUCAACGGAAAAUGUUAAACCCUGCUUUCUCUGUCAAUGCCAUUCGAUCUAUUUUGCCCUUGAUGGCAAUGCCUGGUCAUCGCUUACGAGAUCAUUGGUUAGCUGCCAUUCAAUCUGAUGAGAACAAAAAGGGUAACAAGGAAUACACAGAAAUGGAAAUCUCAACGGGGCUUUCCUUUGCUGCAUUGGAUGUGAUUGGUUGGGCUUUUGGUCAAGACUUCAAAUCGUUAGAGUUUGCUGGCACUCCCAAUCAAAGUAAACUGAGUCAAGCCUAUCUUCAACUCUUUUCCAAUGAUGCCUCAUUAGUGCGUUUACUUACUUUUCUGUUCCCCAAGUUUAUCUAUGUCCCUAUUCCAAGAAACAUAUUGGUUAUGAAAGAUUUAAAAUUGUUGGAUAAAGAAAGCGAAGCAUUGGUUCAGGUCGGCAUUGAAAGAGCAAACGCAGCAAACGCAGCAAAGGCCUUCGGUGUUGUUUCAGAUAAACCAAAAGAUCUUUUAGAUACCAUGGUGGAUCUUAUUGAUGAAGAAACUGGUCAAGGUUUUACGGCUGAUGAGCUGAAGAACCAGUGUCUCACCUUCUUGGCUGCCGGACAUGAAACUACCAGUGUUAGCUUGAGUUGGGCUCUUUGGCUGCUAGCAAAAGACCAGACUAUUCAAGAUGAAUUACGUUCAGAAGUACUUGCGUUAUUCAAGGGUGAUGAUGUCCCUUCUUAUGAUGCAAUCAACUCUUUACCAUUGUUAAAUAAUGUCGUCCGUGAGACCUUGCGAUUGAUUCCUUCUGUACCCAUGGUAAGCCGAGUAAGCCGAGUAACUACAACACUGGGAUCCUAUGUUUUACCAAUGGGAACGCAAAUUGAUAUCUCGAUUAUGGCCUUACACCAUUCUACCGAAAUUUGGGGUUCUGAUGCAGAAGAAUUCAAACCAAAGCGUUGGGAUAGAUCUGAAAAGAUUGGUAAUGCAUAUCAAUACAUGCCCUUUUUGGCCGGUGGGAGACAAUGCAUUGGAUAUAAGUUUGCUUUGGUGGAAUUCAAAAUGUUAUUGGCAAUUCUUGUACGAGAUAUUCAAUAUUUUGAAAAGCCUGAUUUCAAAAUUUCCAAGAAACAGGAAGUUACACUGAAACCUUUUCCUAACAUGACACUUUGGCUUAAGCCUGUUACUUCACUACUUAAAAGAGCUACAGUAGGUUAUUUCAUCUUAACGUUGUUGAUUCCUGCUAGCGAUAUGCAUCAUAAUCAUAAAUUAAAAACUUUCAGCUCGGGUAAAUGA